UUAAAUAAAAACGGAAGAAAAGUAAAACGCUCAUUUAACUCAUAUUAAUGACUCGUAUAGUCGUAUGAAUGCUUCUUACUCCAUAAUCUCUCUCUCUCUGUCUCUCUCCACAAUUUCUUCACACUUCUCUCGCUCUCUCAGCCUCAGGUUUAGGGUUUAGGUAUGGCGGGAAAAGGGGGAAAAGGUCUUCUGGCAGCGAAAACCACCGCAGCUAACAAAGACAAAGACAAAGACAAGGAUAAGAAGAAACCUAUUUCUCGCUCUUCUCGUGCUGGAAUCCAGUUUCCUGUGGGUCGUAUCCAUAGACAGCUGAAGCAAAGGGUCCAAGCUCAUGGACGUGUCGGCGCAACUGCUGCAGUUUACCUGGCCUCCAUCCUUGAAUAUCUGACAGCCGAGGUUCUUGAACUGGCGGGGAAUGCAAGCAAGGAUCUCAAGGUGAAGAGGAUAACACCAAGACACUUGCAGCUUGCUAUCAGAGGAGAUGAGGAGCUUGACACUCUCAUCAAAGGAACCAUUGCUGGUGGUGGUGUCAUCCCUCACAUUCAUAAGUCUUUGAUCAACAAAACCUCCAAGGAAUGAUUGAAUGAGUGAUUCAUUCAUUGUUGUUAAGUUUCUAAUUUAUAUAUAUGGCUGUUGACUGAAACCAAAACUUGUAGGUUGUUUUAAUUAUGAUGACUUUGAUCAAAGUAGGAUUUAGCUUGAUUCUCUUUUGCAAGUAGUUUGUUUUAGAACUGUGAUGUUAUGAUGUAAAUUAGUUAUUGAUGUUGCUUUUAUGCGA